AUGAAUCUCCCAAAUAUUAACAAGCUCAACGAAGUGCGCAAGCACGUAUUUGCAGCCGCCCUCGAUAGAAAUGAAGGCAUUAUCAAACCUGGACAGCUGUUCAGAACGGCCGACAGAGCUCUGUGGGCUUCCGCUCGUCUUCUCAAUGAUAGGUUUAUACCCGCGCGAAAUCUGAAAUUCGAGAGUGUCGAUACACUAUUCACUGAACAAGGCAACAAGCGAGGGCAUCGCUUUUUAUUUGAGGAAAGAAAGGACUGGACGAGGUCUCGUCUGGAGAUCAUUCUUACUCGGAAAUUCCAUUUACCGACCAAAUUUCACUCACAGCUCGAUGUUCUUCUCAACCAUGUAUUUGACAUAGUCGAGGAAGAUUUCGGAUCAUCUCUUGCUCUCCACAGUGACCUUGAAUUUGCGUGCGAAGGCUGGCGAUUAGCUGGGAAGCAAUAUACCUUCUACGGUGUUCCUGAUUACAGUGUAUGGUAUGGCCCAGUCGAGAAAUUUGCGACGAAUUUCAUCAUCGUACAAACUGAGACACCAGGGUAUUUUGAUGAAGCAACUGUACAUGCAUAUAUGGGCAUGAUCCACAUGGCGCGUAAGCACCGUGGCGGAAAGAACCGUACAGUUUACGGGCUUGCUACCGAUUCGAAUGAAUUUUGGUUCUACCAGAUCGAUAAUGAUACUCGGUGGAGCCACACUUUGAUGACGCCAGAGAACGGAUACUUCUACGAAGAUAUUGCCGGCCUAAUCGCUUCCAUCCUUCAUCAAGCUUAUUUAUUAGCACAGCAGAGCGGACCCGCCGCAAAUCCCAAUGAGCUCCCAGCGUCCAGAUUGGAAAUAAGGCAGUUGCCCCACCAAGACACGCAUGAAAUUGGCUAUGAACGUCUGAAGGAGUUAUCUCCAGAGGGGCUUGACACUUGGAUCACUUAA